CAUCCGCCAAUCACAGAACCUGAGUGCAAAAGCGGUGUCUCGUCCGCUGAUGGUGAUAAAUGCUACCAUUUCUCCACGUUGUCCGUUGAUUGUUAAGUAAAACAUGAAAGCGAAGAAGAUAAGUACGGUGUCAGAAAAGUCGGUUUUGAAAAAAGUCGCCAAGAGCAAAAUAUCAAAAUCUAGUAGUGCAGGAACUAAUGUCGAAAAGGCUGUGAAAAAUGUUAAAAAAAUUUCUAAGAAAAAAGGAGCAGCAACUAAAACUAAGGAAAAGUCUGUUGUUGGUAAAAAAGAGAAACAGCUGACAAAACCCACACGCAAAGAGAAACAGCUAACAAAACCCACACCCAAAGAGAAACAGCUAACAAAACCCACACCCAAAGAGAAACAGCUAACAAAACCCACACGCAAAGAGAAACAGCUAACAAAACCCACACGCAAAUCCAAGAGAUUAAGAAAAUUUACUGGAAAUAAAGGAGUGAUUUAUUUAGGACACAUUCCUCAUGGGUUUUAUGAGGACCAAAUAAAAGACUAUUUUAAACAAUUUGGAACAGUGACACGAGUAAGAGUUGCACGAUCAAAAAAGACCGGGAAAAGUCGUGGCUAUGGCUACAUUGAAUUCUUAGUCCCAGAAGUUGCUAAAGUUGCUGCAGAAUCAAUGAAUAAUUAUCUCAUGUGUAAUCGAUUACUGAAAGCUACUUAUAUUCCACCUGAAAAACAGCAUUCUCGAUACUUUUGCGGUUACUCUUGGACAGAACAAAACUGUCCAAAACUAAGAAACAGAAAAAAGGAAAACUUGCACAAAAAUGCUCCUCAGAGUGUUGAAAAUCAUGAAAAGUAUGUUAAGCGUUCACUCAAGAAACUUUCUGCGUUAGAAAGUAAAUUGCAAGAAAAAGGAAUCAGUUUAAACUUUCAGCCUGUUGAUGUGCCGGAAACAUAAUAAAUAAUUAAAAACAUA